GACCCCCUGGCUCAGGUGACUGCCACGCCCCCCUCGGGCCACCGCUACCCAACGCUACACCUGGCCUAGUAGACAGCACUGUCACAAGCUUCAGAAGUUGUCUCACAGCUCGAGAAGAUGUAUCUGGUUCUGAUGGUCGGUCUGGUCCUGGUUGGGGCGACGCUGGGACAGGCACCAAUACCGUGCAAGAGUCCACCUCAGUGGUCAGCCAAUAGGCUCAGGUAUGACUUUGUGGAGAAGGUGGUGAGAAAGGAGCGCUACCACCACGACGCUGUGUACAUGAGAACGCGAAAGACGGAAGAGAUCGACGAGGCAGAAUCGAAGGAGUUCUACGAGAUAUUCCGCUUUUAUGCUCAGCGCAAACAAUACAUCAUCAAUCUGAAGACCAAGGUGUGUAAUACCACCACCCUCACCCAUGACUUCCCGGUGUACGAGGUGUCCCCAGGGGACAGGUUCCUGGGAGAGUACGUCAUUGGGUCCACGGCAGCCCCCGACCAGGGGGUCACCAUACAGGAGUGGGGAGGGGUGACCACCCAAGGAACCAGGUUCGCCGGCGCAUGGACGUUGAGUGACUGCAUUCUGGUCAAACAUGGCUACUUCAGUAACAUCACCGGGCCGCUGGAGGAGUCAUC